CGAUUUGUACGAGGCUACACAACACGUGCGCCCUCCUCUCUCUCGUCAGUCAAAUUCAAUCAAUACACACCGGAGGAAUUUGCAAAAAGUUCCGGCCGUUCUCUGUUAAUUAUCAAUUAUGGUGACAAGGAAAAGACCUAUUAAACGCAGCGCUCAGGUGGCUGCCAUAGACAAUGACAACGAGAAUGAAAUCCAAGACGAUGGAGCAUCGCAGCCCAAAGUGCCAAAGGAGUUGCUGGUAAUUGCUCAGGAGGUGAAAAUAGUGCGUGCGUUGGCAUGUAAUGACUUAACAAAGCGGAAUCGCCAAAUUCGCAAGCUGCGGAAAUGGUUCCAGCUGCGUGCAGUCAGCUCUUUUCCCUUCACAGAGGAUGAUUUCAUGCGGAUCUGGAAAGGCUUGUAUUACAAUGUCUGGAUGUCGGACAAGCCCUUGGUGCAAGAGGAGCUGGCUGAGCAGCUAGCCCAAAUGGUGGACAGUUUUGGUGGCAACACCGCCUGCAGUUUAGCCUACUUCAGCGCCUUUAUGCGCACCAUGUGCCAGGAAUGGUUUGGCAUCGAUCAGUGGCGUAUGGACAAGUUUCUGAUGCUUGUGCGUCGUAUGGUACGUUACAUGCUGCGCUUGCUGAAGAAGAGCAAAUGGUCGCCGGAGCUGAUACAGACAUUCAAUGCCACGAUGCAGCAGUCAGUGUUGGCUGAGCAGCCAAAGUCACGUGGCCUAACCAUGCAUUAUAUGGACGUGUUCUUUGAAGAGUUGGCUAAAGCGGCAAAUGAGGAAAUUACGGCAGCGCAGGUCAAUCUAUUCCUGCUGCCUUUUGUGCACUAUGUGGGGACGCAGCGGGAUCCCAAAUUGGUUGCACAGUGCCGUACACGCGUCUUCUACCAUUUGUUGUAUCAAAGUGAAUUGGGUCGUGAGUACAGCGAAAAGUAUAAGGCAUGGAAGGAAAUGGGUUUUCCUAGUGCCUCAAUUGAUGACGUCGAGAAACUGGACUCUGGCUUCGAUGAAGAAGAGGAGGAAGAGGAUGAAAAGCAACCACAGCCUGAGACUAUAUCGCUUGAUCCACGUGCGGGAAAUGUGGAUGUGCUGAUGCCGGAAUUACCACUCAAUGCUGACUGUGUGCUGGAGGAGUUGCAGACCCUGCUACGGACCCAGGAGUACAACAGCAAACGGCGCAAGGGACUGCGAAAGUUGCUGCACAUCUUCGAGACGUAUGCAGCCGGUGAGUUUCCACUGGGUGUGCGCAACAUGCCCAAGCCAGAGGGCACAACACUCGCUGAGUUGGUCGAGCAGAAGAUCACAGAUGCAGAUGAGUUUGAGGAGUCUAACUUUGGAACUGGCCGAAAUCUAAAGAAGUUGAGCAAGUCCAAGCGUAAGCGUCUUCUGAGUUCCAUAAAUUUUGAAGAGGUUGACGAGGACAAUUUCAAUGAGGUGCUAGACAAUGCCAUGACGCCAAAGCUACGAAAGCAAGUGAAACGCAAUGAAAAGGUGCGAUCGAGCAUAAACAAUGCCUGGGUGGUGGAGAAGGUGGACGAGAAUGGCGACGAGCCAACUGAAAAGGCGACGGCCAACAAGCCAGAAUCAAAGAAGGCAAAAAAGACAGCCCAGAAGGAUGAGCUGCCCAAACAGAAAACCAAACUACAGGUAAAGCAGCAAUCUAAGGCGCAGACAACAGUUGCUCCCACAAAUGAAGAGUUAACAACAGAUAAGGAAGCCACAAAAGCUGCACCUGCGGAAGUUAAGAGCAAUGGUUGGGAGGAGCCACUAAAGCCAGGUGAACAGGAUUAUUUUGUUCCGUCACGUAAGGUGCAAUUAAAACAGGCUAACAAUAAACUAUUGCUAAAUCCACUUGCUGCUCAAGUCACUCCCAAGAAUCCAGUACAGCGUAUUAAAUUGGAAACUGCGCGAACGGAUAGUGGAAGCAAAAAGGUGCGAAUUGUGACGAAGUGCAACAGCGCCUAUCCUAAAAGUGACUAUUACCGGCAGUUGAAGCUGUCACCACAGUUGCCAUAUGAUGCAAAUCGUCAGCCUGGCAAGAGUGCGCUGAAACCACACGUCCUUCCAGGACCCAUAAACCCCAAUUACAAGAAACCCAAACGAUUAUUUAACGAUACGCUGUGACGCUGUGUAAACUGGCUAAAAUUUGAAUGGAUUGUGUAAUGCACGGGUGGACUGAGAUUGGCGAUUGACUAGACCACAUCCAGAGAUGGCCUCAACCUCAACUCCAACAGAAGCAGAUGCAGCACAAACACUUUCCGUUCGCGAGGGCAGGUCAUAGAUACGAAUCUAGUGGUCUUGAUUUAUGGAUAUAGUCUAGCUGAUCAAUAUGAUACAUUAACUUGCAUAGUAAAUACAAUAUAUUGUGUAUCAGAUAUUUUUACAUAUACAUACAUGUAUGCUUCUUACGUUUCCAUAUCUUUUCGCUUGUAGAUUAUUUUUCUGUUCCAUUCGCGAAUCUAUUUGAAUUCAUU